AACGUUUGGAAGCCUUGAACCUUCCUUAAACUUCUCCAACCUUCUUGAGAUGUACCUUUUCCACUCCAAAACUACUUCCAUUCAACUCAUCAUAAUCUUCAUCAUCAUCAUAAUCAUCAUUUCAUUCACUCACUCUAAUUCCAUCAAAAAGACAUUUCCAAUGGCAACACUUUCUCCAUUUUUGUACUCUCUCUUCAACGCUUCUAACUCCAAAACAAUCAUCACAACAAGUAACAAAAACUUCAACACUCACUCUUGUUUUCUUUCUUUACACUCCAACAAACCAAAAACCACUUCCUUCAAAUUAUUUUCAUCCCUCAAAGAUGAAAAUGAAACCAAUUCAUCACCAGUUUCUAUUGCUCCUAAGAAACAAGACAACAUAAGCAACAACAACAACGAUGAUGAUGUUGGAAGAGAAACAAAUGAGGAUGAGAAAGAACAACAAGAAAUGGACUGGAAAACGGAUGAAGAGUUUAAGAAGUUUAUGGGGAAUCCAUCAAUUGAAGCUGCUAUUAAGCUGGAGAAGAAGAGGACUGAUAGGAAGUUAAAGGAGCUUGAUACAGAAAGCAGUAAGAAUAAUCCAAUUGUUGGUGUUUUUAAUAACUUGGUAAGGCGUAAUUUGAUCUUGGAAAAAGAGAGGCUAGAAAAAGUUGAGGAAACUUUCAAGGCUCUUGAUCUCAAUAAGUUAAAGAGUUGUUUUGGUUUUGACACAUUUUUCACAACGGAUGUUCGAAGAUUUGGCGACGGAGGUAUUUUCAUUGGGAAUUUAAGGAGACCAAUUGAUGAAGUCAUUCCAAAGUUAGAGAAGAAACUCUCUGAUGCAGCAGGUAGAGAAGUUGUCUUAUGGUUCAUGGAAGAACAAAAAGAUGGCAUUACCAAACAGGUUUGUAUGGUGCAACCAAAAGCAGAAAUGGAUCUCCAAUUUGAGUCAACUAAUCUGAGCAAUCCAUUUGGAUAUCUAAGUGCAAUUGCGUUAGCUGUUACUACUUUUGGAACAGUUGCUUUGAUGAGUGGAUUCUUCCUUAAACCUGAUGCUACAUUUGAUGAUUAUCUUGCUAAUGUUGUGCCUCUAUUUGGUGGUUUCUUAUCUAUUCUUGGAGUUUCUGAGAUAGCCACCAGGGUAACGGCUGCUCGAUAUGGUGUUAAACUCAGCCCUUCGUUUCUAGUGCCGUCUAAUUGGACAGGGUGCUUAGGAGUAAUGAAUAAUUAUGAAUCUCUCCUCCCAAACAAGAAAGCUCUGUUCGAUAUUCCUGUAGCACGUACUGCGAGUGCGUAUUUGACUUCAUUAGUGCUUGCUGUUGCUGCAUUUGUAGCUGAUGGAAGCUUUAAUGGUGGCGACAAUGCAUUGUACAUAAGGCCUCAAUUUUUCUAUAACAACCCUUUGCUUUCUUUUAUUCAAUAUGUUAUUGGUCCUUACACGGACGAUCUGGGCAAUGUGUUGCCCUAUGCUGUGGAAGGUGUUGGAGUUCCUGUUGAUCCACUCGCAUUUGCCGGACUUUUAGGGAUGGUGGUGACUUCUUUGAACUUGUUACCAUGUGGGAGACUAGAAGGAGGGCGAAUAGCGCAAGCCAUGUUUGGUCGAAGCACUGCGACAUUGUUAUCUUUUGGUACAUCGUUAUUGCUUGGUAUUGGCGGCCUUAGUGGUAGUGUUUUGUGCCUUGCAUGGGGAUUGUUUGCAACUUUCUUUAGGGGAGGAGAAGAAAUUCCUGCAAAAGAUGAAAUCACCCCUCUAGGGGAAAGCAGAUAUGCUUGGGGUAUUGUUCUUGGCUUGAUAUGUUUUCUCACCCUUUUCCCUAAUAUUGGAGGGACUUUCUCCAAUUCAUUUCUAAGUGAUCCAUAUUUUAGGGGAUAAAUUGUAAAUGUUUUGUAUAUCAGUAGAUGUCUAUGAUUAUAUAUGUUAAAUUGUAUUAAAGGUAGUUUUUGUGUCUUUAGUAUUUAUAUCUUUCUAUCCUCUUGUAUUGUUACCCUAAGAAUCCUCCUCUCUUUAUAUUUCCUUCUCCCCUUCUAUAUAUCACCAUUGUUAACACCUUGUACAGUUGUACUACUCUCUCAUAAUGUAAUCAUAAACUUCAAUUCAAGAUGGUAA